CUUUCACUGUAUGCACCCUCAUACACGACUCCACAUUUAUCAUCACAGUUCCUACUGGUGGAACGCUUACAUCGGCCUGUCGCCUAUUGGGCGAAACGUACAGGGAUCCAGAGAGUCGUCAUCAUAGGUCCAAGCUUCGUCAUCUAUCAACAACAACACCAUAAGCCUGGCAGCCUCUCUCGUCGACGCUCUGGACUUCCUCAGUUGCAUCUUUGUACCGGGAGCUACCCGCACUCCAAGCGAAGAAGUCUGAAUCUUAGAAAGAGAAGUAUUGCACCGCACUAUGGCCUCUGCAACUGGUAUACCGCGGGCAGUGACCGCGGAAGAGGAGCCGCUGCUUGGAGAGAGGGGAGAUGCAAGUCAAAUCGAGGGACGACCGCUUUAUGAGAACCUCUGGCUUGGCACUGCGGCGAUUGCACAGGCGGGCAUCUGGAUCCUUGCGGCCAUCAUAUGGGGAGCCAUCUUCUCGCACAAACUGAUUUUCUUCUCUGCGCAUCCUCUUCUCAACUCGGCCGGCUUCCUCCUCGCCAUCCAAGCAGCCCUCGUCCUCCAGCCCACCCACACACCCGCUCAGAAACGCGCCGGCACACUCGCCCACGCCCUCUUCCACGUCUUCGGCGCCACCGCCCUAACCGCCGGCCUAAUCAUCAUCGAGAUGAACAAAGCAGGCCCAGGACACGAGCACUUCGCGUCCGCACACGCGCGCCUCGGCCUCAUCUUCUACAUCACCGUGUACCUACAGGCCGUCGUCGGUUUUACGCAGUACUACACGCCCAGUCUGUACGGCGGCGUUGACAACGCGAAGAAGAUCUACAAGUACCACCGUGUCGCGGGAUAUCUGAUUGCGACGCUGGGACUUGCGACGAUUUGUGCGGCGAGUUGGACCACGUAUUCGCUUGGCUUGGCGCAUAUUCAGCAUUGGGCUGUUAUUGUUGCUAGUGUGUUGGUGUUGGUUGGUGUUUUGCCGAGGGUGAGGUUGAGUAAGUUUGGGUUGAGGAGGGAUGAGGGGAGGAUCAGGUUGGAGACUUGAUGGGUUGGGGAUUGACGUAGGGUCAACGUCUUUGGGAAGAUGAGGUGGGGAAUUGUGGUUAGUUUGUGAGAGGGUACAUCGGAGAGACAUGUGUUGAAUGAAGACCUAACGAUCGUAGGGUAUUCGCCGACUGUCAAUAGUAAUUUAAGAGUUGAAUUUCGAAGGUUCAUUAUUUGGGGACCUCAUUGACAUAGGCCUCUUCAAGGCAAAGGAUUCC